GGAGUUUACUCCGCCAAUACCAACCCGACCCGGAAAAGAGACAGAGAGGGAAGCCAGCCCUGAGCCAACCAGUCAGACAUCACGCAGGCAAGCAAGCAAGCACCUCCCUCCCUCCCUUCCAAAAACAAGAGAGAAAGAAAAAAAUAUAAUUCCAAGAUGGGAACGCCCUUCAUCUCACACCUGGAGCCCACCCGCCUCGACGGGUACGACCGCACGCGGCCGCACGACCAGCAGCCGGCGCGGGUGCCGCGGACCUUCUGCGACGCGAUGUCGGUGCGGGAGGCGGUGUUCGUGCGGGAGCAAGGCGUGCCGCUGGCCAACGAGCACGACCCGGACGACGCCCGCUCGUGCCACUGGGUCACGUACGCGAGCGUCAACUUCACCACGGAGCCCGAGCGCCGCCACCCCACCACCGGCGAGGUCCUGAGCCGCCGCAAGUCCGAGACCCGCACCCUGGCCAUAGGCACCCUGCGCGUCGUCCCCUUCCCCCACCCGCCCCAUCCGCUUCCCGGCGGCAGGUACGUGAAUAACGUGCUCGUGCUGGUGGGCGAUGAUGAAUACGACGACGAGGAGAACGAGAAGAAGGGAGCAGAUGGCAGUGGUAAUGGCAAUGGUAAUGGUAGUGGUAGUGGUAGUACUGCGCCAAGCACCACCACUAAGAGACCUAGAACCCGAACCCUAUCCUCGGUCGACGAAGAGCGCCAAGCCUCGGCGCUCCCCUUCGGCACGGACCGGCCGACGACAUACCACGACGGGAAGGAGCCGUACGUGAAGCUGGGGCGGAUGGCGGUGAUCCCCGAGUUCCGGGGCCACCACAUCGCGGCACAGCUGUGGCGCGCGGCAAGGAGGUGGCUCGAGGAGAACCCGGCCUUCUUCAACCCGAGCGUCACCCAGCUCGGCAUGGACCAGCUCAAGGUCUGCACCCCCGGCGCCAUCCCCAAGUGGAACGGCCUCGUGUGCUGCCACGCCCAGGAGGGCGUCGUCAAGCUCUACCGGAAGUGGGGCUUCAAGGUCGACGAGGGCAUGGGCAGGUGGUACGAGGAAGGCAUUCCGCACGUGGGCAUGUUUUUGCGACUACCCAUUCAGGACGGGACCCCAAAGGUAUGAUGAUGAUGACGGUGGUGGUGGUGAUGGUGGUGAUGUUAUGGGAAGUUUACGGAGAUGCUAGUUAUUGCUUAGGCUUUUGAUAUUAGGAGUAUGUAUGAGGGAGGUGGAGGUGCUGGUGCUGGUGCUGGUGGGGGUGGUAUAAGAAUUACUACCGGACUGGCGUUACGUUGCGUUGCGUUGCAUUGCAUUGCUAUUAUUCACAAUGAUACCAGGCCUU